AUGAUGCGGGUCCGACAAAUGGCCGACAAGAACCAUCCCCACAUCGUGCGGUUGCUCGGGUUUGCUGUUGGAGGGGAUAUGAGGACGCGGCCAGAGCAAAUCCUGAUCUAUGAGUUUGUUCCAAAUGGCGACCUUGAAAAGUGGAUCAAUACAGAAGCGCCCUCUCGCCUCACCUUGAAGCAGCAGCUGGAUAUCCUCAUCGGUGCUGCACGUGGCUUGGCAUACCUCCACAGUUUUGGCCUUGUGCACCGCGACAUCAAGCCCGCCAACAUCCUUCUCGGGGCCAACAUGCAGGCCAAGAUUGCAGACUUCGGACUAGUGAGGGCGGAGGAGGGCAGCACAGUGGGCACGACUCGAGUGAUGGGAACACCGGGCUAUGUGGAUCCCAUCUACUUUCACACAUCAAAGGCGACCAGCGCCACCGACGUCUAUGGCUUCGGUGUGCUCAUGCUUGUGGUCCUCACGAAACGGAGCCGCCCGCUCCAUACGGGUGAUGGAGAGUGCGACCACAUCCUUUCAUGGGUGGAGGCGUGCAUUUCCUCUGACACCCCGGCCCUCAAGGACCUGAGCAUGGACGCCCCGGAUGAUGCUGUGCUGCGCCUGGCCAAGCUGGCUCUCAGUUGCACUAAGGAGCGCAGUGCAGAUCGGCCAAGCAUGGCAAGCAUUGCCAACGAGCUGCUUGCUAUCAGGAAUGAGGUGAUGGGAAUAGAGGAGCUGGGUGCAGCAAUUAAGGUGGACAUGCAAGCCCAGAAGAUGGAAUCUGCAAUUUCUAGUGAAAAAGGCAUGGACGCUUGGCCUCCUGCUUGGAAGUUCUUAUCAAAAGCGGCCAGCCGCUGGAGAAAGUUUUUAGGCGGUAGGAGCUACUGA